UUUGUGUUUACUUUCGCGUAAAACGCGCGCCGCCGCCGCGCAAUGACAACAAAAAUAGACAUUAAAACCUAUGCGCUGUCUCUACUGGACUCUGUCGAGGGGCAGCGCUGCUAUAUACCCGAGGAGGAGCAUCUGCCGCCAAUUCCCAAAAGCUACUGGUGGCGCUGCAUCCUCUCGAAUGGGAGUUAUGCCAUUUGUCGCGUGGUCCGGCGUGCCGGCAGCGAAUAUUGUUGCUUUCUGGAUAACGCGGUGACCUCCUCGGUAGAGUUUUCACCCACAAAUCAACGCCUGACUAGCAUCGAAUCAUUGACGCUGGUCCGCAAUGUGACGAAGGUCUCGUGUUUGGUCUUUGCCACAGAGAUGCUGCUUGAAAAACGGCCUGAACUGGAUCUGGAGGACCUCGUCGGUGAUGUUGGUAUCUUUCUGCGCUGCCUCGUACUCGAGAAGGGCUGCUGCGUGCGACUGAAAUACUUAAGCAGGAUAGGCAUUGACGCCAUCCAGGUACUCGAUGCGCCCGAUGUGCCGGACAAUCAGUGUUUCACAUUGGAUAGGCGCGCAGUGAUCCACAUUGUGGACGUGCGUCUGGCGAUGCCCAAUUAUCUGCCCACUUGCACGAAAUAUCUGUCCGAGAGCUUUGAGCAGCCUAUGGCUGCUCUGGAACAGCUGCUGGAGACCUCGAAAUGUAGUUUACUCGCCCAUCGAUUCCCAACGACGGCCUUGAUUGUGGGUCCAGUGGGCUGCGGCAAGAGCAUGCUGCUGGCCAAGUUUCUGCGUCGCCACGAAUGCAGCUGCUUCUACAUCACCUCCACGCAGGUGAUGAGCCCCCAUCCGGGGGGCACUGAGCUGGAGCUGAGAAAGAUCUUCCAGGCGGCGCGUUCAUUCAAAGCCAAUAUGCUGCCAUCAAGACCCAUUGUGAUAAUAAUUGAGGAUCUGGAACUGAUCUGCGCUUCCUGGAGCAGCUCUUCGGGUGCUGCCCAGAACUCGAACAAUUCGUUGCGCAUCGCCGCGCAGCUCUACAAACUAAUCGACGAACUGGAUCCGGGCAUCAUUUGCUUGGCCACCUCCAGCCAUCCGGACUACCUGCAUGAGCAUGCGCGUCGUGCUGGCCGAUUUGGUCGGGAGAUCGCAAUUGAAAUGCCCAAUGAGGAGCAGCGUGGAAGACUGAUUAGAGCCUGGUGCGAGGAGCAUGAACUACCGAUUCCCCACGGAGCACUGCUCGAUCAUUUGGCCAAGAAUACGCAGGGAUAUGUAAUUUCUGACCUAACCCUGAUGCUGUGCCAUGUGCAGCAGGAUGUGCUGGUCCAAGAGGUACCGAAUUUGUACGAGAUCUUCCGCAAGUGGCUGAAGCACACUCGGCCAAGUGGCUCGCGAGCCACAAAUGUGCGCGUGGGCAAGAUGACGGUGGGCUUUGAGUCAAUCGGAGGCAUGGAUGCGCUCAAGCGAAAGCUGGAGGCGUCUGUGCUCGCCGGACUGCACCAUGGGAAGGUGUUUGCACGCCUCGGACUCAGUCUGCCCAAGGGAGUGCUGCUGUAUGGACCGCCGGGCUGUGCCAAGACCAGCAUUGCCAAGUGUUUGGCCAAGGAGGCCAAUAUGACAUUCAUAGCCACCUCGGCGGCGGAGGUUUACUCCCCCUACGUGGGCAGUGCAGAGCGAUAUAUCACUCGGAUGUUUAAUGCGGCCCGAAAGAAUGCCCCAUGUCUCAUAUUCCUAGACGAAAUUGAUUCGUUGGUGGGACGUCGCACGGUUGGCAGCGGUGGCGGCGGUGGCCAGGUUCAGCUAAGGAUCCUCUCCACCCUCCUCACGGAGAUGGAUGGCAUUGUGGGGGGCAGCAAUGAGAAGCACAUACUCGUGGUGGCAGCCACCAAUCGUCCCGAAAUGAUUGACGAUGCCCUACUGCGUCCCGGACGCUUCGACAAGCUCAUCCAUGUCCCGGCGCCAGAUCUGGAAUCUCGCAUGGCGCUGCUGCAGCUGCACGGCAAGCGGAUGCCUUUCGAUGAGAAUCUGGAUCUGGUGACGAUUGUGCUGCACACCGAGGGCUACUCUGGAGCGGAUAUAUGCAAUCUGUGCAAUGAGGCGGCCAUCCAAACCUUCCAGCGCGACCCACAGGCCACAAAGAUUGAGAUGCAGGACUUUGCAAAGGUCAUGUGCAAGCUGAAAUCAUCGCUCACCCACAGCCAAAUCGAUGCAUACUAUAAGUUUGCCAAAGUUUGAUCUCAGCAAUUAAGUACAAAUUAAAUUAACGAAGAAAUUUAUUCAAUAAAUCGACUGUGUCGCACGUUAAAAUACGUUAAGUUAU